CGCCGCGGCCCCCUGCGGCGGCGGCCCGUGGCGGCGGCCCAGGAAGGCGCCGGCGGGCACGCGGCCGGAGGGCCCGGCGGAGGGCUUCGAGGUCGGGAGGCGACGACGGGGAGGAGGUGCUCGCCGUGGCGGAGGACGCCGCCAGGGCGGCCGGCAGGGUGAUCGCGGAGAAGGUCGGGGCGGACGUCGUCCAGGUCAAGGGCCACGCCGCCGAUCUGCUGACGGAGGUCGACGGGGAGUGCGAGGAGGUCAUCCGGCGGGCGGUGCUCUCCGCCUUCCCCGGCCACGCCUUCCUGGGCGAGGAGUCCGCCGGCACGCCGGAGGCGCAGCGAGAGGCCAUGGCCUCGCCCGGGUGGCUCUGGAUCGUGGACCCGAUCGACGGCACCACGAACUUCGUGGCGGGGCAGCCGCUGUCCGCGGUGUCGAUCGGGGUCGCCCAGGAUGGCGUCCUGCAGGCCGGGGUGAUCUUCGACCCCUUCCACGGGGAGCUCUUCUCGGCCACGCUCGGCGGAGGCGCCCGGCGGAACGGCGCCCCGAUCUCCGUGUCCUCCGCGGCCGCCGAGCUGCGCCAGGCGGUGGUGGCCUCCGGAGCGCCGCCCAACCCCCUCUCGGCGGCGCCCUGCUUCCGGGCGAUGGCGCUGCUCUCGCCCCCGCGCACCCGCACUGUGCGGAUCCUCGGCAGUGCUGCCAUCAACUUCGCCUGGGUGGCCUGCGGGCGCCUGGACGCGUGGUUCGAGCCGGACCUGAACUGCUGGGACAGCGCGGGCGGGGCGCUGCUGGUCCGGGAGGCGGGAGGCCUCGUCACGGACUGCGAGGGCGCGGAGUACGACCUGGGCACCAGGCCAGUGUGCGCCAGCAACGGCCUCGUGCACCGGGAGCUCCUGGCCGUGCUGUCGGAGGCGGGCGCCACGCAGCUGGACGCGGAGGACCCGUCCUCGUAAGAAAAGAACGAACAGCCUGAGGGCCCCGUGCCGGCCCUCUCUCUGUCUGGGUGCCGCGGGCAGUCCACGCGUGUUGCUCGGUCACGGCGGCGACGCGCGGGCGAAGGGCGCCAGACGCCGCC